CAGAUUUUCGGUCGGGAAGGGACUCAGCGUUCGAUUGUGAUGUGAUUGCUCUGCGAGCAGAGAAAUCCCGGAUUCAGUACGCAGCCUGCGUCGUGAGCUCGCUGUGAUACUGAUUACAGAUUCUGGAUUGCUUCUGUGUCUUCGGGCAGCCUCGAUGAUGAUGACGACGUGCUCGCCGGGAAGCCUGUGCUCUGUCGCGGAGAUGUUGAGAGCGCCUGAGUGUGUUGUUUCUCGGUCGAGGACUGAACCGAGGAAGCUGAGAAUGGGUACGAAGGUGGUCCAUAAUAUUUGCACCUCAAGAAGUUCCCACGUAUGGAGGUGUACCUCUUGCUCGAACUUCGAAGACAUUGAUCUCCAUUCACGUGGUGGAGGGAAUCAUCAGCAAUUGAAUCACUUGGCAGUUGAAAGGCAGGUUGCAGAGUCUAGAGAUUCAAGUGGAACGACCGUCAAUAGACGUUUCUUCUGUAUGGUGCCUGUUUUCGCAACAGCAUUGCACGAAUAUCCUGCUUCAGCUUCCGUUCUUCUUGCCCAAACUGCCCCUUACUCCAACAUGCUCCUUCGAAGCCUGGGUAUCGGAGAUCCCGACAUCUACUAUCCAGCGUUUUUCGAAGGAACGUGGAAUUGCUACUCAACUUUAAUACAGGUCACUACACCCCAGGGUGAGGACAAAGCAGAUCGAAGAAGUGUAGAGUUUUCUCGAAAGCAGCUGGGUUAUGCGGUUCCUUAUCAGGUUCGGUUUACACCAUUUGAAGGACGAGUAAUAUGUGACCGACUCUUUACCACCACGUCACUGGUGGAAGCAACAGUUGGCAAGAACGUGAUUGAAGAGGGUCAGUGGAGUCCCCAGCAACCUAACCGGUUAGUUCUUCUUCUGAAAGGAGGAACAAAGGUCGAAAACCUCGUAACAAAGAGGUCAGCAGAAUAUUUCCAAGUGGAUCAGUUUGACACCUCAGAAUUUUCUAAACAGGUGUUUGACAAUAGUGCGAUCAAAGAUGGACCACCUACCGUUAAGGCCAGUCUAAAUUUGACAAGAUACCAUUGGGAUACCGCAGCACCCGUUGUCACGAAAAUGGAGGCGAUUCAAAAAGUGUCCAUAUUUGCCGUUCCGAUGGAAGGAAUGGAAAUGUUCAACACAACAACGCCGGUUACUGUUUAUAAGUACCGCAUCGAGUUUGAAAGGAUAUGAGAAUCUUUCAAAUGAAGACAGUCUUUGAUUUUAGAAUGACCUGGUGGCAAAAGGAAAAUGUCCUCCAUUGUCGGGAAUUUCUACAUGAACAGGCGUUUCGACUGUAUAUGUAGAAAUAACAAAUAAUAAAUACUGGAGAAUCGAGUGCUUGAAGAGGCGGUUAGCAGAUUCCGUACCACCAGCAUUGUUUCAGGGCUUGUACUGUAGGUUUGUAACGUAAUGGUUAUACCUGUUUUGAAUAAAAUCAAAACCACUCGAGAUGAUACCCGA